AAUGCCUAAAUACAUUGAUGUUUUAACAAUUGAAUAGGCUUUAAUAAAAGCAGGAAAUGGACAUUAAUUUUAAAGGAGGGCUUUAAUAAUCAUGGGUCUAUAGUAUAUGAUUGCUGGAAUGUUACAUAUAGCUAUGACAGAGUUAUUCUUCCAUCAAUAAUAAUACAAAUGUCUAUCAGAAGAUCUAAAUUAUGAGAAUUGUACUGAGGGAGCAUUUUGUGAAUAAUUUGGAACAAAAGAAAAUAAAGUGUCUUUAGUGGAUAACUCAGAUUUAGGCAGUUUGAUAAAAUACUUCUUAAUGGUAUGUGGUGAUAAAAUUCAAAUAUUUAUAUUGGUCACAGCUUAUUAUAUUGGAGGUAGUAUGGGAUCUUUGUAUUAUGGAGAAUAAAUGGAAAUAAGAUAAGGCAGAUUGUAUUCUUAAUAUAAAUAACUUUAGCACCGUAAUGAUAGAAACAUUAUUGAUGAUGGGAUUUGUGUGUUGUAUAAGUAUGUUAUCACCAUCAGCAUAUAUAUUGAGUGUAGCAUUAUUUGCAAUCAAUUUCUUUUCGAGAGGCUUUUUUAAUUCAUCAAUGAUAUUGUUUUUUGAGAUAUCAAGUGAGAAUCUUUAGAAAUUUGGACCUGCAUUAUUAUUAACAUGUUAUGGGAUUGGAGAAGUGAUAUCUCCUAGACUUAUAGAAAUGUUUAAUUUAAAUUGGUAAUAUUCAAUGCUCAUUUUAUUUGGGUUGCCAGCAGUCUUAUUUUCUGUCUUGAUCAAAUUUAUGUAGGAAUCUCCAAGAAUUUUAGUUAUUAGACGUAAAUUUGAAGAAGCAAGAUUAACUAUUAAUUAUAUUGCUAGUGUAAAUGAGAGACAAAUGCCUGAAAAUUGGUUAUUAGAAGAUGAAGUUAGAAUUUAAGAAUUAAAAGAAAAAAUGAAGAAUAUCUUACUUUAAGAAGAAAUUCAUGAAUAACCUAAAGGAUACAAUUUUUCAUCUAUCUUUAGAUAUAAAUCACUUAGAAUUAGAAUGUUCUGUCUUCUAUAUUUGUAUAGUAUUAUUGUUUUGGGAUAAUUCUAAACUGCUAAAGAAAUUGAAAGAUUCUCUAGAUUAGAAAGACAUCACACUUAUUUACUAUUAUCAUUAGUUUCAACAGCUGGUUACUUAAUUAGUGGAUAUGCUUCAUUAAAUUAUCUUAGAAAAGAAGUUAUCAAAGCUAUCUUAAUAUUAGGAAGUAUAUUUCAUUUUUUGAUUGCUGCUUUACCUUUAUUAAUUUUAAAUAAAACAGCUAGUGAUUUAAUAACUUUUUAUGAUAAAUUAGUAUAUACAUUCAUUAUGAUGGUUUUAGUCAUGUGUAGAUUGACUUUAAGUUUUGCUUAUGGAUUUAUUAAUGUAAUUUAUUUUUUUAAUAAUUCUAGAUUUAUGCUUUAGAAAUAUUCCCUACUUCAUUAAGACAUUAUGGAUUUUGUGGACUUACAUUUUUGACUGAAUUCCUUUUCAUAUUCCAGGAUUCAUAUGUCAUCUUUUGUCAUGCUUUUGGACUCAAUAGUUCCAUUGGAAUGUUCGCCUUAUUACUUUUAGGAUUAUUAACUCUAUAGAAAUUGAGGGAAACUCAAGAUUUACCACUCAAAGAAAAUGUAGAUGAGAUGCAAGAUGAGCUAAUUAAUAACAUAUAUUCUGCUUGA